CCGAAGCACCGGGGUGCGAGUAAAGCUUCCUGGCAUGGCACGAACUAGCAAGGCUUAGCAUUUGACUGUUUGUGUGCUGGCACACGGAUCUGUUGAGACUUUAAGAAGCGUGACAUUUGUGAUUGAGGAGGGUUUAGUGAUGCAGUUCAGACGAUGGGCUUUGAAAGUGCAAGAACACAGUCAGAGUUAUAACAGCUACCUUGGCCUGUAAAGAAGACCAGAGUGAGUGACUCAUAUCAUCUGGCUCAGUUCAUCAAUAAGAGACAGCUCUUUUGGCUUCCAAACAGCUCUACGUUCAUGCCAGAUCUGUCCAAUGGUUCACACUGUACCGUCUUCAGGAUGACAGAGGAGAUCUGAAGCACAGUCCUGGCUCCUCCUCAAGGUUUUUCAAUUUCAUUUUCGUGCCUACGCUCUUCCUCAAUGGGCUCCCGCAGCCAGGGCUUCUUCCACCAUCACCAUCACCAGCACCACCACCGCAGCUCGCUGGUGCCUGCCGCUGUGCCCAGACUGUUGCCCGAGACGGGGAGCCUGCUGGGCGGCAUCGCCCAGAUCACGCCCACCCUCUUCCUCAGCCGUGGAAACGUGGCAUCCAACCGCAGCCUGUUGCUGUCCAAAGGCAUCACAUGUGUGGUCAAUGCCACCAUCGAGCUGCCCAACUUCAACUGGCCACAUGUGGAGUAUGUGAAGGUGCCGCUGGCUGACAUGCCGCAUUCUCCCAUCUCGCUCUACUUCGACAGUGUGGCAGACAAGAUCCACAGUGUGGGCCGGAAGCGAGGUGCCGUGCUGGUGCACUGCGCCGCUGGCGUCAGCCGCUCAGCCUCGCUCUGCCUGGCCUACCUCAUGAAGUACCAUAGAGUGUCCUUGGCUGAGGCAUAUGCCUGGGUUAAAGCACGCCGGCCUGUCAUUCGACCCAACGGUGGCUUCUGGAGGCAGCUCAUCGAAUAUGAGAGGAAACUCUUCGGCAAGACUUCAGUGAAGAUGGUGCAGACGCCCUAUGGGGUCGUCCCUGACGUCUACGAGCGAGACCGUAGGAAUCUUGCGCCAUACUGGGGGCUUUAAAGGACUUGCCGGGGCUUUGUUUUUGGGGGGAGAGGAGGAGUCGGGAAGGUGAGCCCGUCUUCUGGUUUCCCUGUCACUAGGCUAACGACCCCUCCCCCCAAGCCUCAGAUUUAAGAGUUUGAUUGCGUAAACACUACUUACAGCCCCCAAAGUGUUGACUGUGAGACUCUGAGAGGAUCGGCUGAUGCUGUCACUGGCUGAUGCCGUGAUGUCAAUGCAUUCUUAUCUGUUGAUGAGAGGGAGCAAGUUAGACCAAGUUGAGAUUUCCUGGUGAGGUCAGGAGUGGCAGACCCUGAGCUAUUCUCGAUUAGCAAGAUGAACUAAAUCAGUGGGAGGCUGAAAUCAUGGCCUGUGGGUCACUUUAAGAAAGCGAGGCAGCUGAGACUCAGGCUUUCGGUCUUCGGUUAAGAUUCCACCCACGUUAAAUGAUGAUGUGCCAGUUUCGCUGUCAUCUUUUUUUUGUGAGAGGCAGCAGUCUGCUCUCGAUUACUGGUAGCAUUUUGAACAUAUUACUGGUACAAAACUGUCAAUUCAGUUAUUGCAAGAGACACAUAAAUGGUUUUGAAGGAAAGAACACUGAUGGGAGUCACAAAUUUUGACAAAGAUGAAUUUUAAAGUAUGAAGAACACCAACUGUGUUUUCUUGUGUCUUGAAAGAAUGUUUAUGGAAUAAAUUAGAAGAGGAUUUUGGGAUUCCAACCAAUGGUGCUGCUAAAAGACAGUUGGAAGCUGUAUUGUAGUUCUUGUUUUGGUAUAUUCCUUUCAUAACUUAACUAAAAAAGAGAAAAAGAAGAAGAAAUCAAUGUGAUCAGGAGUUGUUUUUUCAACUGUUUCAACCCUUUUGAUCCUUUUGCAUUUA